AUAAUAUGCGUUGGUUCUGGUUGAAAGGUCAGAGUCUUGUUCUUCUUCUUCCUCAACAAAAACCCACCCUGUUGCACACGCAAACUCGACCAAAUGGAAAAUGGAGGAGACCCUGCUUCUUCCAUGCCAAUUUCCAAUGCCAUGCAAUUAAUCUAGUUACCAGAAAUAAACACAUUGAUUGAUUGAAUCAAUUUUGUUUGUUUUAUCAUGAGUCUGUAUCAACCUGCUGCUGCUGCGUUGCAAUUGCAUGCAGUAACCAUAACAAUGGCGAUAUCACCCAAGAGAAAGAAGCAUCACGCGCACAUGCACAAGUCCUCACGACGGCUCCUCCGCCUACGCCUCCGCCUCCUCUUCCCCCCUCUCAUCUCCGCUUGCUUUCUCCUGCUCGUCACCUUCUUCUCUCUCUUCUUCACUCCCUCUCCUGUCAAUACUCAGUACAAUGACCUAGUCAGAUCACGAUUGAAUUCACAUUCACAAGAGGAUUCGGGGUCGGCGGUGUCGUUUCACGUUCCGGCCACUGGAGGUGCUUACGAGCGUGAUUUAUGGACUUCAAUGCACUCACAUGGUUUCUCUGCCUGCAGUGACGCCCCUGCAAACUUUGCAAAAGCUGAUGUGAAAACGCAUCCAGAUCGAUAUUUGUUAAUUGCCACCAGCGGAGGUUUAAAUCAGCAGAGAACAGGGAUAAUCGAUGCUGUUGUUGCUGCAUAUCUUUUGAAUGCUACUCUUAUUGUUCCAGAGUUGGAUCAUACAUCUUUCUGGAAUGACAAAAGCAACUUUUCUGAGCUAUUUGAUGCAGACUGGUUUAUAACAUUUCUUCAGAAUGAGGUGAGAGUUAUCAAACAGCUUCCAAAUAUGGGAACGAAUUUUGUGGCUCCAUAUACGUUGCGUGUUCCAAGGAAAUGCACCCCCGAGUGCUACAAGGAUCGUGUUUUACCCGUGCUAAUCAAGAAACGUGCUGUUCGGCUCACAAAGUUUGAUUACAGACUUUCUAAUAUGUUGGAUGAAGAUCUACAAAGAUUGAGGUGCAGAGUUAACUUCCAUGCUCUCAAAUUUACGGAUUCGAUUCAGGGAAUGGGAAAUUUGCUGGUUGACCGGAUGAGAAUGAAAAGCAAGCAUUUCAUUGCUCUACAUUUGAGGUUUGAACCCGAUAUGCUUGCAUUCUCUGGUUGCUAUUAUGGUGGAGGAGAAAAAGAAAGAAAAGAACUCGGUGAAAUUAGGAAGCGGUGGAAAAAUUUACAUGCAAGCAAUCCUGACAAAGUAAGAAGACAUGGAAGAUGCCCUCUAACCCCAGAGGAAGUUGGUCUUAUGCUAAGAGCACUAGGGUUUGGAAUUGACGUGCAUUUGUACGUGGCAUCUGGAGAAAUAUAUGGAGGUGAGGAAAUGCUAGCACCCCUCAAGGUUCUCUUCCCAAACUUUCAUACAAAGGAGACCAUAGCUACUAAGGAGGAAUUGGCACCAUUCGUAUCAUUUUCUUCUCGCAUGGCGGCACUUGAUUUCAUAGUUUGUGAUGGCAGUGACGUUUUUGUCACAAACAACAAUGGUAACAUGGCUAAAAUUUUAGCUGGAAGAAGGAGGUACUUUGGUCAUAAACCUACCAUCCGCCCAAAUGGAAAAAAGUUGAACCGGUUGUUCAUGAACAAAAAUAAUAAGACGUGGGAAGAAUUUGCCUCUCGAGUUCGAACUUUGCAGGUAGGUUUCAUGGGAGAACCUAAUGAGUUGAGGCCAGGUAGUGGUGAGUUUCAUGAGAAUCCAUCAUCUUGCAUAUGUCAAAACUCGGAGGUUAAAACUGGGGGGACUUCCAAUCCCCACAAUCAAGCAAGUAAUAACCAUGCAGGCAAUGAGAUAGGAAUCAGGACAGAGGAGCAGUCUACUGAAGAAGAGCAGGAGUGGUCUGACCUAGAUUAUUUGGAGAGUAGAAAACAUAUUCAGCUCAGCGGAACUAAAGCUGAUUCACUCCCUCUUCUAAUUGGAACUGACCAAGCAGAAUUGCAAGAAUUCUUCUCAGAUUAGAUGGAGAUGUUCUAAUUCAAGACUAGUGCCACCUCUAACUAAGUACCUAGCAAAACAUCCUUGGUUUGUUUUAUCUGUCGAUUUGGUCUUCCAGGGAUAAGAUCUUCAAACUGUUUCAUAGACUAACAUUAAUCCUUUGUACAUGGUUAAUCAGAUUAUGAUGGGGAGCUGCAUCAAAAAUAGAAAGUAGCAUCUGUGCAGGCCAUUUAGAUUUUGAAGCCUUAAGAACAGGAAUUUGUAGUAGACUUGAUAAGGAAUUCCUUUACUCAGAUCAUAUAGUAUAGGACAGGAUAGCCUAUAGGGAUACUAUCUUACUGUGAUAUAUGUUUUAAGGAUAUAGAUAUACAUGUAAAUAAAGGAAGUUGCAAUUCUUACUGUCCAUAA